ACAAAUAAUUAAUUUCUUGUAUAAUAUUAAUAAUGGAAGCAUAUGACGUAAUUAUUAAUCAACCUGUUGUUAUCGACAAUGGAUCUGGUGUCAUUAAAGCAGGUUUUGCUGGUGAUCAAGUUCCAAAAUGUCAUUUCCCAAAUUACAUAGGUCGCCCUAAACAUGUAAGAGUUAUGGCUGGUGCCUUAGAAGGGGAUGUAUUUGUAGGGCCAAAAGCUGAAGAACAUAGGGGAUUACUUACUAUACGAUAUCCUAUGGAGCAUGGCAUUGUUACAGAUUGGAAUGACAUGGAAAGAAUUUGGCAGUAUAUUUAUUCCAAAGAGCAACUUCAGACUUAUCCAGAGGAGCAUCCUGUGUUAUUGACAGAAGCUCCGCUUAAUCCUCGGAGAAACAGAGAAAAAGCAGCUGAAAUAUUUUUUGAAACCUUAAAUGUGCCAGCUUUAUUUAUUUCAAUGCAGGCUGUUUUAAGCUUAUAUGCUACUGGUCGUACAACAGGCGUGGUAUUAGACUCUGGCGACGGGGUUACUCAUGCAGUUCCAAUAUAUGAAGGAUUUGCUAUGCCUAAUAGCAUAAUGAGAGUUGAUAUUGCUGGUCGGGAUGUUACACGCCACUUGCGCACAUUGCUGAGGAAAGAAGGGUGGAAUUUUCGAACAACAGCUGAGUUUGAAAUUGUGAAAACCAUAAAAGAGCGAGCUUGUUAUCUUGCCAGUAAUCCACAACGGGAAGAAACUAUGGAAACUGAGAAAGCCCAAUAUACACUUCCUGAUGGCAGCACGUUGGAAAUUGGCCCUGCAAGAUUUAGAGCUCCAGAAAUUCUUUUUAGACCUGAUCAUAUUGGAGAAGAAGAUGAAGGAUUACAUGAAGUUUUAGUUUAUGCAAUACACAAGUCUGAUUUAGAUUUAAGAAGAGUGUUGUAUCAAAACAUAGUUCUUUCUGGUGGCUCUACUUUAUUUAAAGGUUUUGGUGAUCGGCUUUUAAGUGAAGUUAAGAAAAUAGGACCAAAGGAUAUUAAAAUUAGAAUAUCAGCCCCACAAGAAAGAUUGUAUUCAACUUGGAUUGGAGGCUCCAUCUUAGCUUCUUUGGAUACAUUUAAAAAAAUGUGGGUGUCAAAGAAAGAAUAUGAUGAAGAAAAUGCACGAGCGAUACAUAGAAAAACAUUCUAGAAAAACUUGCUUUUGCUAACUUAACACAUCUGUUUAAUAUGUUUGUGAUCAUAAUUUUUAUAUUUUUAAAAUUAUUUGUGGUAUUAGAAACAUAAUAAUGCUUAGUACACUUUUUUUCAAUAUAAGAAACCUUUUUGUAAUUGGUUUAAACGUUGUAAAAGGUAAAUAGUGGAAUACAUUUUUGACAUAUUCUUUGGGAAAAUUUAUCAAACUAUCCAUAAAUUUUUUUAUAUUUUGUGCUAUAGCAAAAUACUUACCGAAGAAUUAUAAUGCAAAUAAAAAAAAUGCUGUCUUUA